AUGAGUUACAUAACCAGAAACACCGAAAUGUUUCCUUAUCUUCUGCUUCUUUACUCCGUUUCAUUCGGCCCCUCUUUGUCCAUAAGCACAGAUACCGGAGUGGAAGGAAGAGCUCAGUAUUCGCUAUAUAAAAGGUCGGAAGCCUACGGGAAUAGUGGCGACUGGACUGGUGAUGACUUCAGGCAUCAGCGCUCAGUAAUGGUAGAAACGUGGUUCUUGUGCUUGAGCAAGUGUUCUUGCAGUACUUAUGCUUACACUACCAACUGUCUGCUAUGGACGGAUGCCAAAUUUGUAGUUGAACAUUCAGCCGAUGAUGCAAUUUCAAGAGAUUUCCAUGUCCGGAUUGCAGCGUUGGACUUGGAGGAGAGUAAGAAACGGGGGAAACCCACUUCAAAUUUCAUAACAGUAGUUGGAGUUGUGUCCGCAGCUUUUCUCGUGGUCCUUAGCAUUUCGCUGGUGGCUAUUAAGAUGAGACGGCCUGCUUAUGCAGCAGACGAUCAUUUGAUGCAUUUUGAAUAUCGAGUUCUGAAUAAGGCAACAAAUAACUUCUCUGAGAAAAUCGGGGAAGGAGGGUUUAGUUCUGUUUUCAGGGGAGCACUGCCAGAUUCAACUCCCAUAGCAGUGAAGAAACUCAUGAACCAAAGCCAAAGUAACGAACAGUUCCUUGCAGAAGUUAGCACCGUUGGAACAAUACAGCAUGUCAAUGUCGUUCGUCUAAUUGUUUUUGUGCAGAAGAGUGAAAAUGUUCCUAGUAUAAGAGGUUCCAACACCCUCGAUUGGAAAACCAGAUACGGCAUCGCCAUCCAGGUUGCUAAAGGAUUGGAGUACCUCCAUGAAAGGUGUCAGGAUUGCAUCUUACACUAUGACAUCAAACCAGAGAAUAUGCUGUUGGAUUCAGAACUCGAACCACAGAUUGUUGAUUUCUGCCUUGCGAAACUCAUGGCACGGGAAGUCAGCAGCGUCAUUACCACCGUGAGGGAGCCAGAGGGUACCUCGCUCCAGAAUGGAUUUUGGGGAGGAGCCAUCACAUCGAAAGUCAACAUUCUCAGUACGGAAAGCUGCUCUUUGAGAUCAUAUCGGAAAGAGAAACAUCGAGGAGCUGAACAGUGA